AUGGAAUAUCAACCUAAUGAAGUUCCACCAUGUACAUCUGAUGAUCAGGUUUUUUAUCAGUAUGAUGCAAUAUUGUUUGCGAAUCAAUCUCAAUCUGUAAACAGCACCUCGAGAGAUGACUCAAAUACAACCUUACCAUCAUCUGUCCAAAGUGCAGAGGAUCCUUUUAAUAACCACGACGCCACUUCUCCUGGUCUUAAUGGGCAACCAACAAUACCAUCUACGCCUAAUAAUGCUGCUGUUGUUGUUGUUGAAGAAUUAUCUCCUGGUCAAGCCUUUCUCGUUAUACACGAUUGUCCCGAACCAGACAAUGAAGUGACUGUUAGUACAACUCCUUCUGACGUGGAUGAAAGUAACAUGGAAACAGUUGCUGAUACAUCAUCUGAACCCGAUCUGAAUGAUUUAAAGAAGCAUGCUGAAGAAGAAAAUUUAAAAAGGAUUGACGAAUCGAUUGUAGAACGAACAAUGCGUGUUAAAACUCAUCCACCAGCUUAUGUUCGUCUUCGCUAUUGGUCUGAUGGUCCACGGCAACUAGCAAAAUCUCUGAAAGAUCCUAUGGCGAUUGAUCUACCCAAUAUAAAAAACAUUAAAUUAAACUCUGCUCAAUCAUUUUGGAUUCGAUUGUUACCAGCUGCAUGGAUGAUAAAUCUACCAGACGAAGUAUAUCUUCAUCCAAAUAAACUAGAAUAUCAUUCUGAUGAUGUAAUCAAAUUUCCCGAUGGAACUAUUGGUGUUCGUUUAACUGCAGAUGAUAUAAAGAAAGGAAUAAAAGUAUUUUCACGUUUACAAAUAUUAAAAACAAAGCUAGGAACAUAUUAUCGUGAAUUCACACCACUUGAUCGAUUCGGCAUUGCUAGUGAUAUAGAUGGCAAUGAAACAGUUCCGGUGAGUGAAGCUAAAAAGAUGUUUGAUAAAUUUAACUUGAAAGCUAUGUGGAUUGUUUGCCAAUUAUUGGUCGAACAAAAUGAAACAUUUCAUUUUACAGAUAUUAUAUGUGUAACAGAUAAAAUAGAAGAAAUCAAACAACAAAACAAACGAGCAGUAAAAAUAAUGAAAGUGAUGAAAAAUAAGAAGAAAUCAAAAUCAACAAAACAAAAGAAAAUUUCUCAUUAA